AUGGAUUCCAUGGCAUCAGAAUCUACUUCAACUCCAGUUUCAAGGUCGAGGAUGAAAUUGUUGCCGACUGAACCGGAUUUAAUAGCGCACUCCAAGCCCGCGGUGGGCACCAGCGCUUUCUCAACCACGCCGCCGAUGCCAGCUUACGUCGGGCGUGAAUUUUCAGGCCAGCAACCGUCUUCCAAUGCGCAUAUCCUAGAGGCCAAGACGUUGCGGAGAAAGAACUUCAAGAAGCUUUCGCUAGAUGCGUCGCCCGUUAAGAGCGAAGUUCCCGUGUUUGACGACUUUGACCAGAUACGGCAGUCACAGUCGCUACGACUGUCGAGACAGCGACCUGCGCCCAUGCUCAACUUGGCCAACACAUCGCCAUUCACAUCCACAUCCACCGGCAUAAUCCCUCCCGAGUCGCGGAAACUAUCGCCGGGUGAAAUAGUCAGCCAAACUUUGAAUCGGCCUUUGCUGGCGAAAGAGGCUGCGUCUGGCACCACUGCCAUGGGGCUAUUCGAUAUAAAUGGGAGCAAUAGAGACGUUGACCCUGAACUGCGCGCGUCAGCAGCACUCAUCAUGAAUCAAAUUUCCAAUCUCGAUUUGAAUAGUCGGCAUUUGAAGAAAAACGGUGGCAAUGUUUCUGCAACUUCAACAACAACAACAUCCUCCACGCGCGGAAAUCGUAAACGUCAGACCAUCAUCUCAUCCAUCUCACCCAAUGCAUCGAAAUCUGCAUCGCCGUUGGAACCAAAACCUCAGAUUUCCCUCGACAAACUCUCGGGGAGUCAGUCCCCUCUUGCUACUACAACGACGGGCGGGCUCAAAUUGCGUAACCUGGACCUAAUAACAUUGAAGCAAUUGGGACUGGGCAACUCUGGAACGGUGUCAAAAGUGCUACAUCUACCCUCGCAAAAGACGAUGGCCAAAAAAAUCAUCCAUUUCGAUCUGAAAAGCGUUGUGCAGACUCAAAUCAUCCGCGAGCUACGAAUCUUGCACGAGUGCUCGUCCCCCUAUAUAAUUGAAUUCUACGGUGCAUUUGUGCCUAGUCCCAACACCGUGGUCAUCUGCAUGGAAUAUUGCAACUGCGGCUCACUAGAUAAGAUCAUCCCCUUGUGCGAACACCAACAGUUUCCCCUUUUCGUGUUGAAGAAACUUUCCUAUGCCAUCCUUUCCGGGUUGUGCUACUUGUAUACCACGCACAAGAUCAUCCAUCGGGACAUCAAGCCGAACAAUGUGCUCAUGACCCACAAGGGCGAGUUCAAAUUGUGCGAUUUUGGCGUUUCGCGAGAAUUGACGAAUUCGCUAGCGAUGGCGGACACCUUUGUCGGGACAUCGAUGUACAUGUCCCCCGAAAGGAUCCAGGGUUUGAACUACGGCAUCAAGUCCGACGUGUGGUCAAUGGGGUUAUUGUUGAUUGAACUCGCCAGCGGGAUGCCGGUAUGGCAAGACGAUGAUGAUGAAGACGACGAAUAUGAUGAAUUGAGCGGGGCUCGGAGAAGUGCCUCGUCGAAUGAGGGACCGGAGGGUAUAUUGGACUUGCUACAGCGGAUCGUCAACGAGCAAGCUCCGUCGCUAAAGAACAAAAUCAACCCGGUGUCUCGUAAACCGUACGAUUCGCAGCUUGCGGAUUUCAUCGAUUCGUGCUUGGUUAAAAAUGACGUUGAGCGCAAGUCACCUUAUCAGUUGCUCGAUGACCAAACUGGGUUCCUUUGCGGGGUCGCUGAUGAGAAAUACGACGCUGAGCACAAGCUUUGGGCGAAACGGAUCAGGAAAUUGAAUAAGGAAAAGUACGAGACGGAAACGUAA